ACUCACACGCCUCAUUCAAUAGAAAACGAGCUCGAUUUCAACGGCGACUUCACCUCCACUCGUCUUCAUCCACUUUCUCCUUAGCCAACUACAUCCCAAAGAAGAGCAGGAGAAGGGAGAAGAGAUGGAAGGCCUCGUGAAGGGGUUGAUGAAGGUAGCGCUGGACGCGGUUGCCGGCGACGACGACGAUGACUCCCGAAGGUCACACUCCCCUUCCCGCGAGGAACGGUCCAGAUCCACUUGGGCUCAGGUGGUUUCGUCGGGGCAUGAGGAGGAUGCCGAACCCGAGGCGGGAGGCCGAAACCGGUGGAGCUCGAGAAAGGAGGAGAACGACAAUGAAGGGAACGAAGGAGGCUGGGAGACCGUCGGCAGCGGAAAGACCCAUCAGCAGCAUGGUCAGCGCAGGAGGCCGCAAAAGAGUUGGCAGGCACCAGCAGAGACCUGGAGUGCAUUUAAGAGGCAUCCCGAUGAACAGCAGUAUAUGGGUCAUGCUAAGAAUGCUGUGAAUGUAGAACCAACCAGAGAAGAGCUCGAUGACUUGUCGAAAGCAUGCAGCAGGCUGUGGGAACUCGAUCUGAAUCGUUUGGUGCCUGGAAAAGACUAUGAAAUUGACUGUGGUGGAGGGAAGAAGGUCUAUCAAAAGGGGGACAUGGCAUCCGAGUGCCUGUUCAGCUGGCUCAGUGAUGAUAUACUUAGACGGCCUACGUAUUCUCGAUUUUGCUCUCUUCUGGACAAUUACAAUCCUGAUGAAGGAUGCAAAGAAGUGGUCACUUCAGAAGAGAAACACGAACAAACUGCAUUUAUCGAGGAAAUAAGCAGGACUGCACCAGUGAAAUAUCUUUAUCACUAUUUAGUUUCCAAGGAGAUCGUAUCUGAUAACUAUGAACACUUCAAGAGAAUGAUGUGUGGUUUGUGGUUCGAUUUAUAUGGCCGAGGUGGUGUUUCUGGUUCUUCUUCUGCUUUUGAGCAUGUAUUUGUAGGAGAGAUCAAAAGGCGCGAAGAGAAAGAGGUCUCUGGGUUUCACAACUGGAUUCAGUUUUAUCUAGAAGAGGCUAAAGGAAGAGUAGACUACCAAGGUUACAUUUUACCAAGAAGAAGAGGACCAUAUCCAGAUUCCGAAACCCAGGUCCUAACAAUUCAGUUUGAAUGGAAUGGCAUUCUGAAAUCUGUCUCUACUACUCUUCUUGGAGUGAGCCCAGAAUUUGAAAUUGCCCUUUAUACUCUUUGUUUCUUUGUUGGUGGUGAAGACAACCAUGUUAAUCUAGGUCCAUAUUCUGUCAAUUUAAAGUGUUAUCGGUUCGGAAACGACAAAAUCGGAUCGGUGUUUCCUAUAGCUGAAUGUUAAUUCUAAGAUCUUCUUGUAUAAAAUGGAGAUGCUGCUAUCAGAUACAGCACAGUUCUUUCCCUAAACACUAUAUUGGAAUUUAUUUGUGAACUACAUGUAGUUGCUCUCAGAACGCUGAACUAUAAGAUCGUCCAUUGUGGAGAGACACUAGAGUUCUAUUAGUUGUGUUGUGAUUCAUCUGGACAUGGUUUUGAAAUAUUUGAUUAAAUUAUAA